UAGAUACCGCGUUUGCGAUUUGACGUGCGUCUGCGUGGUCGCCAUAUUGGGGCGGUGAACAGUGAAGAGUCGUGGAGAGUAGACCGCUUGGAAAAAUGCCGCAGGCAUGUGCGGCAUUUGGCUGUACGAACAGACGAAACAUUCAAAACAAGCACCGCGGGAUAACGUUUCACAAGUUCCCCAAAGAUCCUGGACUAAGGAAAGCUUGGGCCAUAGCUGUCAGACGGAAGGAUUUUGAGCCUAGUGAUGCUGCAGUUCUCUGUAGCUGUCAUUUCAAGGCAGAUGAUUUAGACAGAACUGGGCAAAUUGUGCGUGUGAAGGAAUGUGUGAUCCCUUCAGUGUUUGCAUCCUUUCCAGACCAUCUGAACAAGGUGCCCAAUAAAGCCAGGUCAACUAGGACAUCAACACAAGCUGGUCAGGCAAGUGAUGAUCCUGUACAUGUGUGUGAAUCUCCUGAACCGCUGAACUCAUCAACCUCGGUACUACAUUCGGAUCUUGACCGCUCCAAUAUGGUGGACGCGCAGACGCAUAGCGGCGACAUACAGCAGCGGCGAAUCAGUUGUGAAGCAGAAGGGUCAUCGUCGAGUAAAAGGAAAGUGAUGGAUUACAAGUGGCAACACAGGCAUCUACAGUGCGCCUUCUGCAGGUACCAGUGCAAAAGUAACGGGACCUUUCGAAUCCACGUGGGCACCUGCCACCCUUUCCACUGUGAGGAGAUGGACAUUGGACGCCUGGGAAAGAUCAUAUUCUACCAGAAGAGUGCCAAGCUGUUCCACUGCCAGAGGUGCUUCUUCACGGCGAAGACGUACGUUCGCGUGUACGACCACGUCAUCAUCAGCCACUCUUUCUCGGAAAAAAACAAGGGUCACGCGAACGGAGAGCCGAAAGACUACCUUAGUGACAGCAACGAUAGCAAGGACGUCCCAGAUAAUGACAAUGACACCGACGUCGAAGGGCCCGGUAAGUUAACGUCUCUGAACGCCGUCAAGAACGAGGACGAGGAGCUCAACGACGAGGACUCCCGCCAUUCCAGCUCCCCCGGUCAGCUUCCGGAGGGGAAGAAGGAGGCAGGCAGCGACGAGGAGCAGCCACUCGACGGCGAGGACUUCCCCGACUACCCCCCCGGCAAGCGGGAGGCGGGCAAGGCCGAGGAGGCGCACCUGUCCAAGUACAUCCGCCGCAUCGGCCCGCGCUACUACUGCAACAUCUGCAACUGGCGCGGCAAGAUGAAGGGCUUCAUGUUCAACCACGUCACCAAGAAGCACAACAUCCCCAAGUCCUUCUCCUGCAAAGAGUGCGGCAAGUCCUUCCUGCUGGAGAGCAUGCUGCUCAGCCACGUCAGCGUCUACCACAGGCAGGGGAUCUACCAGUGCCCCUUCUGCUGCUUCAGGACCAACCACCUCCGCGGCGUCCGCCGCCACCUCAACAACUGCAACGCCAAGUGGGGGGAGGGGACGUCCGACAGCGAUGAACACGACUGACGUUUUAGCGUUUUAGCUCGACUCGUCGUCCUCUGUGAGCCGCGGGGGCUAGCCAGCGGUGCGUCGCCGAUGUGCGCCCACGCUGUGUCGUCCCGGUCAGAAGAGCACGAGAGCGACCCUGUGCCUUCGCCUUGUGAACGUCGCUCUCUCGUGUUAGUUACACUACUGCCUGGAAACUUGUGGUUCUCCAAGUCAUGCAGCCCCACUGAUUUUACUGAAUAGCUUAAAUACAUGUGGGAUCAUUAAGCAUCAUAAUUGUAUUGACUAUUGAUCAUAUUGACUGCUAUUGAUAGGUAGAAUGAAAUCAAAUGACACUGUACACCCCACAUUCAGAAAGCCCUGCCCCAUAAAACCAUAGUAUUUACUGUGAAAGUAAAUGUUUGUGUCAUUUGUAAAGCUAACACCCUUACCUAGGGGUGAAUUUUUCUUAAUUGGUAAUUAGUUAGUAUCCUUUCUCUUUCAGGAGGGCAUCAGAGAAACAGACCCCACAAGCAGAACUUCAGCUUCAGCUUUUAAGCCUGAUGAAGAGCUGUAGCUGAGAGUGAGUGAGAGUCUGUAGGUCGUUCUGAGUCGUAGACCUCCAUGUACACUAGGGACUAUUUUCCCACCCCUGCAUCUUGAUGGACAAUGGAACAUUGCACCCCUGGCUGUCCUAUAUGAGGGGAUUCAAAUGACAAUUCCAAGAAAUUCUCAUCAAUAUCAGACAGGGAUUUUUUCAUAAGCCAUUUCAAGCACCUUAGACAUGAACAUGUCAUGCCUGUAGCUGAUGCCCAGGAAUUGUCACAGGCAUCUUAAAUGACAAGCGUCAAGCCUACAUGCUGUCAUCUCCGUUAUCCUUUACAUGUCGCGCUUGUAAAGUACUAUGGAGAUGACAAGGGGUCGGAAAAGCCUUCAUUUUAUUUUAUCUUCAAAUGUUGGUGUUGCUACAGAGUGUGAUGUGUAGCCAAAUAAACAUGCC